AUGUUGCCAUUCCUUGUUUUUGUUGUCUUGACUGCGACUAUUCAAGUUUCAUCUUUACAACCCCUCCAUCAUAGCUUUGAUAGGGCAUGGGAAGCUCUGGACAAGCUAGGCCCUCCUGUUAAUCGUCUCACUGCUAGACUAGGUGCCGAGAUUUUCUGGCCAAUAUCUAUCGACAAGGAGAGCGAUAAGGCGGCGCGCAUCGUUCGCAGUUUCUGCAAAUAUGGCUUCUAUGCUCCUGAGUCCGAGGAUGCUAGAGACGAAAAUGGGGAGAUCAAUCGACCCAAAGGCAAACCACGUAUUUCUAAAAAGAUAACGCAGCAGGUCAUCAAUAAUGCAAAGGCAUUGGCUAUCUUCACCACCAUGCGCACUGGCUUGCGGCUCAGCGGCGCCGGCAGUGGAGUAGCUGUUACGUAUUCUAUCUACACGACCAAUGAAAAUUUGAUGAGCGCCAGGGGUGGCAUUAAUUAUCAUCCACGGUUCCGCUAUAUUGCCGAUAUCCGAAUUCAACGGGAGAGUUUCAUUGGAUCAAGAACUGGUAAGCACCCUCACCUCUUCAAAUGCCCAGCCCAAUUACUCGUGAAGCACUGGUCAUUGCUACGACUUCUUGGAGGCGGCACCCAAAUAAAGAUGAUCGAUACAAUUUCCAUUGUCACCGGUAACCAUGUCGAAUCCCCUCCACCAUAUGAGGCCAUUGGGGGCGCCGGCAGCAGCACCAUCGACCACGACACGGCGACCUCACCUGCUGUGCCACUGUCCACCGAAGUGCCGUUUCCGGAGAUAUCUCUUGUUCUAUUUACAUGUUAG